CCAAUCCUGGAGAGGGAAUUAACUUGCCUAAGUAAUAAAUGUGUUUAUUAUCGGAGAAAUAUAUAUUCCCUCUCGGGCCUAUUCCCUCUAUCUCGUAGAUGUAUCCCUUUAAGCAACAAAUUAUCGAAACAAUAUAACAUCAUGAGUCGGUUUUUGCGUAGAUGGUUCAGUGGCAGAACGGAUGCGGAGGAGGAUGCGAGCAGCGUCGCCGGUUGGUUUGAGAGCAGCUCGGACGGAUGGUUCGGCUCAACAACCCAGCACGCAGAGGGAGUGUCCUCCUAUUCCUCGGAUACUUACUCCUAUGGUCUGACCGGCCUCUCAGACCACGACGCAGGAGUUCCCAUGAUUUUUUACUUAAGGCUCGCUUUCGCUAAGGACAAAGAAUCAUUUGUACCACCAUUUUCUUUGCCUUGUCCUUUUCUGAAUCAUUUUAUUUUAUCUUGAGACUGAGAGAACGUAAGAAUUGACUUGCUGAAGUGAAAAUGUUAAAAGAAUGAAAAGCGAUAGAAAGAUGGACACGGAUAUGGAUAGCGCUAAUCUUCGGAGAAGAUGAUGCGAGCACUACCUCGAAGAAGAGCAUCAUGUCAACGCUUCAGAUCAUUAUCAUUACGAGUUUCAACUUUCCAUUUGGCGCACUCUGCGGACCCAUGGGUAUUUUUUCCGCUGAAAGAUAGUACUGGAAGUUGAACGUCUGGAUCUCUUUGCUCUUGAAGCACUUCUUUGUUUGAAGAUAGUUCACAGCCGCAGCUAUACCCUUACUUAGAUACCUGUUGCUGUUGCUACUUCUAGCUUAUUGACUGAUGUACUACGUAGUGCGUACUUGCGGGUGCGGGCGACCAAGUAACGGAUAAAAAUGUGGUUGUGGUUUAGUCUCACCCUACUAAGUGAGUAGCUAGCUGGUAGUGGCUUUUCACAUCACGCCGUCGCCAAUCAAAAUGGCAAUUUUUUUUUGGUUCUUAUUCUUUCUUACAUACGCAGCAGCCUGCCAAGAGGGUGACUAGGCUGACUACAACUACGGAAUUAUUUCAUCCUGAAUUUGGAUUAAAAAUAGGUGUCGCGAUUUUGCCUCUGGAAGCCGAAAGGCUCGCGCCGGAAAGGUCGGGGUUGAUGCUGGGAUUCAUGAUGGGCAUUGUGGGGAUUACGCAGUUGGUGUGCCCUUUCGCCGGCGUCGUAUCAGACGCUCACGCAAGUCGAUUAGGUUUAUGGCACGGAGUAAAUUACUUGCACUUUCUUUGUUGUAGGCGGGACCUUGUUCCGCGAUGAAAUGGUAGGACCUCUCUCGUCCUCUGCGACAUACUCAAGAAUGUCAUUACUAGAUACAGACUCGGAAUUGAUUGAGAAUAAAACAAAUUCCCGAGCAGGUGUUGUUGUUGAUGAGACUACAAAGUUCUAUCAUGCUUCACAGAGGAAGCGGCGGCCUUUCCUGCUACUUGGUGGAAUGACCACGAUUGUCUCCCUGGUCGGGCUUUGGUUUUCGUCUCUCCAUCACUGGCCGGUUACGUAUGCAAUUUGGCUGUUCAUAGCUAUGUCGGGACUUAACGUCGCUUACACAGCCGCGUACGGUUUAGUUCCAGAUCUCGUACCCCACGAGCAGCAGGGCCUGGCCUCGGGAGUAGUCGGAGCAAAUCAGCUAUUCGGCAGCUUGAUCGCGUACAACUCAGUUAUUCUAUCUCGUAGUUCUUGUUUUGCAUCGCGGGAGGAAGAACAUUGUCCAUUGUUGUUACAAAGUGGAGUUGUAGUAGCGCCAGCAUGAUGCAAUUCAUUAUUCGACUACGUUAAUACAACACUUCAAUGUUGAUAGAAUCUAUUUCAAUGAAGUUCAAUUUCAACAUUGAUGUCGCAAUCGACGUGGAGCGUUGAUGAAAUGAUGAUUCUUUUAGUUCUACUUUUUAACCUGUACUAGUAGUAAUUCGUAAUUCUGUAGCAUCAACAAGGCUGACUAACGAAUCAAACGCAACAGGUUCAUAUUCUUGAUUCUCACGUAUUCUUUCGACUAUCACGUGAACUACUUCUUUUACAUCCUGUUGCUGUCUGCGAGCAUUGUGAUGACCUUGCUGGUGGCGAAGGAAGAAGACACAUCCAAAGACGAAGUACAGCCAUUUACGUGGAAACAGCUGGCCCUCUCCUACACCAUCGACUGCUCGCAGAGUUACGACUUUCUUUGGGUCUUCAUAGGUACGCUCUCUGAGCAUAACAAUGCAUGCUGAUGUUCAGUUACACUUUUUUAGUCUAGGAUUCCUUCGUUCUACAACUUGGCAAAACUACCAGAGGAACUUCGCCACCCUGCUCGUCAGAAUACACCACCAGCGUCACACUGUGCUUAGCCAUAAUGCUGAUCUUCUAGAAUCAGGGAUGAAAAACAUAGAAACUACGUGAGCCGUCGUGUUAUGAUGCACGACGAGCAGCAGAACAAGUAACUACAGGUCGAACGUUUUACUACAUCGGGAUUAGUGUGCAGAGCUUCGUACUUUUCUAUGUGCGCGACGUGAUCAACGUUGAGGAAGUGGGCCAACAGAAGAUACACGUUGGUGCAAUGGCACUGUCAGCCCAAUUCGUGGGAGGCAUUGUCGCAGUCAACGCUGGCUCACUGUCAGAUGGCAAACUUGGCCGAAAAUUCAUGGUCUACGUGGCCUGUGCGAUCAUGGCUGCUGUCUACAUGAUGUUCCUAGCUUAUGAAACAGCACCUUGGCUGUGAAGAAACUGGAUCGAUUUCUGCUCGUAGAGGAUGAAAUUCUACUCGAAUAGGGACGCAAUGCGUUGGAACGCAUCGUCAGUUUGUUCUUUCGUCACACCCUACUUUUCACUCCAACCACCUCACUUUUCGACCCGCUUUCAUGCUUGGACGCCUUGGUUUUUUUCGAAUGAGAUCCGGUUUUACCUGAAUCACCUGCAGUUCGACCAUUACUUCAAGCGUUUUAUUCCGAUGAAGCAUUUCAAACUGCCGACGAGCUGGUAUCCCGGAGGUGCCGCGCCUGCAGGUGCAGGAGAGGCCUCGAAGGCUGCAAGGCGGACCCUCAUGAUACAGGAAGACGACCAUGUCGGAGAGGCACCCUCGGACAUCUUCUAUACUGCAAAUGCCGUCAUCAUAGAACAACCGUCGGUUGCGCAAUCGCAGGAGAAAGCUUCUAGUGGUCUAGUCACUGAUGAACCUCCAGCAGAGAAUAGAAGGUGGAGAGCAUCACCAAGAACAUCACCAUAUGCAAGGGAGACACAACGAGAUAGUAAACUACUCUUAAACUCGACUUCUUCAGGCACAGAUCAUAAUGCAGUUUCCUGUUGGCGAGGUAUCGCUGACCAAGUCGUAGCAGUUGAGGGUCAAAGAAUACCUCAGCAGUCAGAUGACACAUUACUAGAAGGACCCUCGUCAAUACCCUCACGCUCACUAUCGAACAAAAGUCAUAGGCGGAUGAACGAAAAACCUGGCUCCGGCGCUCCAAUGGUUUCCUUCUACACAAGAUACUUGAUUGCUCCUAGUAAAUAACUAUAUUGGCGCUAAGUCAAUUAAGAACUGCACAAAAACGGUCUUUAUUGUCGCCUCCUCGUCCUGGAAGUGCUCCGCUUAGCGACUUUUGUAACUUGUUUUCUCUUGGUUUUUCUGUCGUUUGGUUUCGUUUCAUGUGAGUCCCCGCGCCCCUCCAGAGUCCACCGCACCAGCCUGCAGAUGUAUGCUGGGGGAUUCUGGAGGGGCGCGGGGAUUUGGAGGGCGCCCGAGGUUCUUGGUUCGCAAUUGGGUGAGGGUUUUCCAGAAGGGAGCGCAGUAGGCGGCGAGUGUUCUGCGGAUUCGUAUCAUGCCCGAGAAGAUUGAACUUUGUCCGGAUUUUUGCAGUCCUUAGUUGAAUUUUCUCCAUUCUAACUCCACUUGUCUGUGGUCGACUUUUUCGCCAUAAUCGGAGAGGCUUGAGACACUCCGCCCGAGGUUCUUCGUUCUUGGGUCUUUUCAUGUUGUUAAGUGUUGGACUUUUGACCACCCGGCGCCCCGAGGCUCUCGCGCCGGGUGGGAUUAGUUACAAAGAAGAGAGACGCGCCGCCGCCCUUAAAUGGUCAGACCACUCACGCGCGCCGCCGUGUGUGCGCAGAUUGUCGGGGGCGUUUGCUGGCGUUGUCCGCACUCUUUUGAAGUAUUUCAGCGGACAACUUUGCGGAGGUUUCGCCGGAAUUGAGUAAGCCUCUCUAUUGUUUGCCGGGUUCCCGCUCGCUAGGCCAUUUUUGACGAAAAAACUGAAAAGAUGUCUGCAGAUUUUUUUCCAAAAAUGGCCUUGCGAGCGGGAACCCGGCAAACAAUAGAGAGGCUUAUUCAAUUUCGUGGCGUUUUUCAAGAAGGGCUGGACCGGUUGCCACCUGAAUUCCCAAGGGCUUGCGCCUCCUCUUUUUGUUAAGUUUCGAUGGUGUGGCGUGCUCGCUGUGCCUCUGGUGCUUCCGCAGGUGGCUGAUUAGAAUGGCGCUAAGUCAAAUAAGAACUGCACAAAAACGGUCUUUAUUGUCGCCUCCUCGUCCUGGAAGUGCUCCGCUUAGCGACUUUUGUAACUUGUUUUCUCUUGGUUUUUCUGUCGUUUGGUUUCGUUUCAUGUGAGUCCCCGCGCCCCUCCAGAGUCCACCGCACCAGCCUGCAAAUGUAUGCUGGGGGAUUCUGGAGGGGCGCGGGGAUUUGGAGGGCGCCCGAGGUUCUUGGUUCGCAAUUGGGUGAGGGUUUUCCAGAAGGGAGCGCAGUAGGCGGCGAGUGUUCUGCGGAUUCGUAUCAUGCCCGAGAAGAUUGAACUUUGUCCGGAUUUUUGCAGUCCUUAUUUGAAUUUUCUCCAUUAUAAAUGUUGAGGGUAUCAUGGAGGUUCUCCUUCUACAAGGACAACGAAGAACAGGUGAAUAUCGAAGAUUCAUUGUCUACUCGAACAAUCCGCGACAGAAAGAAGUCCAUGAUUAUGAUUAUUUGUACAACUACAACAACGAACAUCAGGACUUGCUGGAGGGUGGAGUCGCUCCCGGAGGGUCUUCAACAACGGCUGUAGCAUUUGCCGCUGUUGCAGGAAACCUUGCUGAGAGUGUCUCCUCAUCAAGUAGUUCAUCUUCUAGUGGAGACGCGACCAACCGUGGUCCCGAUCAUGAGAAGGCGAAGGAUGAAGACUUAUGCGCCCAAUAUUGGUCAAGUAGCUUCUAGAGUUUUCAUUUUGAUGCUUUUGUAAGUAUCUCAAUCUCUCGGCUUCGAUCCAUCAGUACCUUGUUUUUUCUUUCUUUUGGUUUGCUCGACUCUGGUGAACAUCAGCAUGAUUUCGAUAUCUUUGCUCUUCCAGCAAAUGCAGGGGACAAGGUAUCGAGUUGAGAAGACCCAGAACUAGAUGAUCAUGGAACGCAUCGAGUCCUUCGAGAUACCCUUCUAAGAAUGAAGGACAAUCCUGAGACUGGCGUUUUCAACUUAGCGGGAAAUAGUCCGACAACGCAAGGGAUGUUAAGCCUGCUCGGUUUCUUUACUCAACGUUGUCUGAUAAGGUAAUUAUUUAUAAAUUCUAUAAGAUUAAGAUUGUACUCGUAGUACAUGAUGAAUGUUCAUUGCGCAUUCCCUUUGCAAAGUAGAAAAACGAAACAAAUGAUAACUUCACUUGCUACGACACUGAUGUUGACUAAAAUUGAUAUGAUACGACUCACAUCUUACUUAGAGGAACAUCAUCUAAGCGGGGAGAUCAUGUUUCUCUACGGUUGCAUGUGCGUCUACGGCAUCGGAAAUGGCGCUUACCUGGCAGUGGAUUUAGCGUUGGCACUAGACUGCUUACCCAAUGUUAAGGCCAUAAUUAGUAGCAUGUUGGGUGCUCGCGUCCCGGAAUGUAAAGACCGCUGUUCUAGCAAUUGGCAUGUUCAAGAGAACAAACAGUACGAGUUCUAGUUGUGCGAGCAGCUUUAUUACUGCAAUCUUUUACAGGUGGAUUCUUGAGAAGAGUGGAUAGCUCUAAUCAUGCGGAGGCUGCAGCGCAGAGCCUAGGAAUUUGGGGAGUUUCGGCUUUUCUCGGAUUAGCGGUUGGGCCGCUGCUCUGGGGGUACAAUCAUCUUCCAAAGCAUUCAUAGUUCAAUUUUUUGGAAACUUAAACUUUUUUAAAGGUCAUACGCCUAGUCCUAGCCUCUGCCUAUUUUUGUGAUUUCAUUUUUUCGCAGCACAGGAGCAUGCAAUAACAAUACAAAUUCUUCACAACUACAUGAUCAGGGGCGCUUUGGAAAUGAGCGGUGGCAAGACGCUUGACGAUGGUGUCCGGGUUUAUCCGUAUACAGGAUACGCCUAUAUGCUGCUUGGUGGUUGCAUCUUCUGCUACAUGUCAGGCUAUGUUGUGAGUUUUAUCAAGAAGUCGACGUAGGUGGUACUCUUGGGUACUUAGUAAAGACUUCUCGAACAAGUUGAAAUUUUUUUUGUAGAGGAGCUUUUUUGCUCGUUUUAGGCACGUCGUUCAUAUGCAUAAUGACCUGCAGUCGAUUUUGUUGAGCAUGUUACAGUGUUUGACAUCCUUAAUUACGCUUUUCAGAGACUCGGUAGGAGGCGUUGUUUUCUGUGUGCUGGAUCAGGAGGAAAUAUUAAAAAUGAGGAGGAUACAAUCAACUGGAGGACUGUAUUAAUUAUAUGAAAUACUACUGCUACAACUACGUAACUAAGACACAAGACUGCGUCAUGAUGCUACCAAAACGAAUGCUUAGUUUCAGCUAGUAGACGGAAUAGGGUUGCCGGGAUUGAGUUAAUAUUUUUGAAAGCUUCAUCUGGAUCUAAUGGUAGUAGUAGCUGAGUCUGCGGCAAUUGUCUUUAUAUCUAGUAGACGGACGAAAGAGUAGAAAAGCAAGCGGCUCCGAUAGAACAGACACAAAAAUCAUCGGCUGUGGGUAGCAGAGGGUCGUUUUGGAAUCAGUCCCGCACAGUUUGCAGUCACCUAACUCAGUAAUUUGUUUGCCCGUGAUUUGCCAGGCUACAGUGGAGAAACGCCCAUCAAGUUAUCAACGGACUACAUUCGGAUACAUAGUUUGCUCGACAUUUUUGAGGGUGGACUGCCGGUUGGUACAGUCUUUGCGAGUGAACGACUUCCAACCUAUAUUAAGGGAAGCCAGG